AUGGGCCGUGGGACUGCGGGAGAUGCUGGAUCAGCACCUGCAGGGCUUGGGCAUCACCGCUGUCACAGUGGAGCACCCUCAGUAUUCACUGUUGAAGAAAUGAUGCCAUAUGUCCAACACUUGAAAGGAGGUCACAGUAAAAACCUUUUUCUUAAAGACAAAAAGAAGAAAGGGUUCUGGUUGGUGACUGUUCUACACAACAGGCAGAUUGAUUUAACUGAUCUUGCUAAAAAACUGGGAGUUGGGAGUGGAAAUCUAAGAUUUGCUGAUGAAAAUGCCAUGCCGGAAAAAUUGAAAGUGGGCCAAGGAUGUGCUACGCCACUAGCCCUCUUCUGUGACCAAGGAGACGUGAAGUUUGUACUGGAUGCUGGCUUUCUGGAAGGUGGCCAUGAAAAGGUGUAUUUUCAUCCAAUGACAAGUUCUGCAACCAUGGGAUUAAGCCCUGAAGACUUUCUGAAGUUCGUGAAAUCAACAGGACAUGACCCAAUAAUCAUCCAUUUUGAUAAAAAUAUUAAGUAG